AAGUCUAAUGGUUAUGAAAUGUCGUAUAUGUUGUAUAUUAAAUGAUUUCAGGUUGGGGACAAUCAAUGUCUCCUCCAGUCUCUCAAAGACUCUCCGUACUACAAGGGAUUUGAAGACAAAGCCUCCAUAUGGGAAGGCCGUCUUGCUGACUUGGAUGAGUAUCUGCAUAAUUUGAAUCAGAUACAAAGAAAGUGGGUCUACUUAGARCCUAUUUUUGGACGUGGUGCUCUGCCACGCGAACAAGGAAGAUUUCAGAGGGUCAAUGACGAUUUUAGGUCUAUUAUGAUGGACGUUGUCAAUGACAACCGUGUGUUGUCUCUGGUUGGUCGAUCAGGGAUAAGGAACACUUUGGUAACUCUCCUUGACCAGUUGCAGCGUUGUCAGAAGUCUCUCAAUGAAUUUCUAGAGGAAAAGCGUUCCAUGUUUCCACGAUUCUACUUUAUCGGUGAUGAUGACUUGCUUUUUUUUCUUGGCCAGGCAACCAAUCCAACAGUUAUACAAUCGCACCUUUUUUUGCUGUUUGCUGGUAUCCAUAACGUGGUGUUUGACGAGGGAUGUAAGAAGAUCACCGCUAUGAUGUCUAUAGAUGGGGAACAAGUGCCUUUGAAAAGACCUGUCACCAUAACUCCYGAGGUUGAGGUCUGGCUCGAUCACUUGGCUAAGGAAAUGAAAGACUUUUUUUGUGAGUUACUGGURGAAUGUCUGAAUAUUGGUAGGAAAGGUUUUUUUGGGGGAGUCGAUCCUUCAAAAUUCCCAUCACAGAUUCUUUGUCUUGCCGAGCAAAUCUUUUUUUCCGAGCGUUGUGAGGCAGCUAUCAAGAGCAAUAGUCUUCAUUUUUUUCAAAUAGAGAUGGAAUCACAGCUCGAGUCUUAUACAAGUGCAGAGAUUGGAUCAGGCGAGAGCGGUGAUGCUGUAGCACACGUCUUGUUUUUUUAG